AUGACCAACUCAAACGACGACUUCGACCUUCCUCGCUGGCAGACUCAGGCCCACAUCGAGCCCUUGUCUUCCUCAGCGCAGGCCGCGCAGGCUGCCGCCAGGGCUUCGUACCUCUACCCAGGCGCCCCGCCGCCACCGCAGUCUCAGUCCCAGUCCCAGUCCCUUGCUACAGCCACUCAUUCCCAGCGAUUGCAUGCUCUUCACCACUCUCCCAGCUCGUCAAGACAGCCGCGUGUCACCCACGCUCUCGAUCAAGAUCACCAACAGUCCGUAUCGACAACCUCAUAUCUCUCGGGUGCGCUCAACCAGCUGUCCAGAAGCGCGUCUCUUGGUGCAGGCGCUUCGAUCGGGGGCGCAGCAAGGACCCGUCGACACCAUCAACCAGCUGACGAUUUGGAGGGCGCAUUCAACGUUGACGCCCAGCCUUCCAACUCAAGGCCCAUGGGUGCACCGCAGCCUCCGUCCGCUUACUCCCUCUAUCCCUCCAGCACAAGCCUCCAUCAAUCUCAUUCUUUGCAAUCCUCCUCCGCGCCGGGCACCAAUACCUCCCCCGCCACAGCCUCCGAACCCUACUCGGAAAUGUUCUACAGCGGUUUGGGUGGGAAUGUCCCCAAGCGGACUCACACGCAGCUUGAUCUUGCCUCCCACUCUGGCCGAUCGCCAAUGCGGGCAGCAAACUCCCUAUUAGAUCCGUACCAACAACAGGCGCAGUACUCCCCGACGACCACGCCAACGUAUCUAUAUGGCCCGUCUUCGUCUGACACCCAACGCAGCAAUUCGUCUGCUACCUACCAGUCCCACUCCCGCAACCAUUCGCAGGCCAAGGGAGACACAUCGACGCCGCCAGUCUCUACACCUUUUUCGCCACAGAGCGCAGCCCAAGCAGCCUAUGCCGGGUACGCCAUGGAGUCAUCGAGCCCCCAACCCGCGUCGCAU